AUGAUAUCCGCUUCAUCUGUUGUCCUUGCCUUUGCGGUAGCCGCCCCCGCCCUUGCCGACCUCGGCAAAGCGACCCUCUUUCCCAACGGCCUUCAUGACCCGCUUAUCGGACUCGACAACCUUCCUUUCCAAACGUUCACCUAUAGUGGUGUCGCGGUCCCUUCUCUCUGCAUCUCGCACGCAACGGACGCCGGCUGCGAUACGUCGACUGUCGAAGCUUACCAGGCGAACUACGGCGACUGCUCGGAGCCGUGGACGCUUUGCCGCUGUGCCAAUGCCCAGAUGAGCGCGGCGACAAUGUUGACACGCUUCGCUCAAGUUCCACCGGGCGUUCGCAGCUACGUUGGCAGUGCGCUUGCAGUGUCAGCCAGUUCCUGCAGCGCUGGUUCCGGCGGAGACUUCAUCGUCUUCAAUGGCGAUUGCUCGCAGAGCGUCUUCGAUCAUGAGUCCGGCCACUCGCUUGACCAGAACACGUCGCCGUCGUCGGAGUGGACCAACGCCCUUGCUGCCUCCACUUGCGUACCGGACGCGUACGCGAAUACAUCUCCCGCGGAGGAUUUCGCACAGGUCAACGUGUGCUACAUUUACCAGACCCGCGUGGGCGCUCUCCCUGCGGAUGCGAGCUGCAUGCAGGCGCAGCUGAACGUCUUCGCCAACGACGCUCGCAUUCACGGCGCGCAGACCGCAACGACUUGCAACGCCGGCGUGCGCCCCUUCCAGCUCAACGACAACUUGGUUACAAGCAAGAACCUCACGAACGCGCUCUACACUGGCAAGAUUGACACCAAGUUCUUCCACGACUGA